CAUUGUUCGAUGAGAGCUCCGACCGAACUUUGUAUACGGAGACCCGCAGGAAGUGACGUACAUCGCAUCGUCACUUUCACACUCUUCCUUUCUCACAAGCCGCCGACGUAGCCGACAGGUACACACAAUAGAUGGUUCAUUGUGGUUAAGGCAAGCGACCCCUUGGGCGCGCGCGUGUUUCGGAACUAAGUCGCGUGCCGUGUUCUGUCAACAACCACCACGCCGUGCAGAGCAGCGGGAGAUGAAACGCCCUCGACCCGGUGGCUCUGUGAGCCCCUGCUUCGCGGCUCUUAUCUUCGUGUGGUUCACGUCGGCGCUCGUGACAGGAGCUCCAAUUGGCAACAAUGGCACGCUCCACAAGCACGAGGCGCUGAAUGACGACAACGAUCUGAACGGCGGCGAUGCGAAUGCAAAGAAUUACAAGAAAGUUCAUCUUGAGGUCAUCGAGGCACCCAAGACCAGCACCUCAACUACAUCAACGACGUCAACUACGACAGCGGCCCCGACAACGGCCCCGACAACGGCCCCGACAACGGCCCCGACAACGACCACGACAACGGCCCCGACAACGACCCCCACCACAACCACAACCACCACCACAACGACCACAACGACAACGACGUCCAAGCCCGUCAUCUCGGUCGUGUCCGUGACCAAAAAGGUAGAGGUCACCGUCGUGUACGAGUCGCACUGCCCAUUCAGCCGUCGCUUCAUCUACAGCCAGCUCCUCCCCACGUACCAGAAGAUGAGCCAGUUCAUGAACCUCACCAUCCUGCCGUUCGGCAAGGCCCACAUCGACAACGUCAGCGCCCCGGUACCCCACUUCACCUGCCAGCACGGCACGAACGAAUGCAUGGGCAACAUGAUCGAGACUUGCGUCGUGCACGUCGUCCAGGAGCAGCUGAAAGUCGUCCAGAUCCUGGCCUGCAUGUCUCAGAGCUACCAGCCGCAUCUGGCCGGACAGAAGUGCGUCGAAAGCACGGGCAUCAAGUGGUCCCUGGUUCAAGAAUGCGUGACCAAGAAGGGAACCCGCUACCUCCUGGAAACCGGCCUGGCGACCUGGAAGAUACAGUCGUACGUCGCCCGGGUUCCCUUGGUUGUCGUCGACGGGGAGAUGGACAACUAUGUAGAGUACUACGCCCAAAAGAAUUUCAUGAAAAUCAUGUGCGAGCACGUGUCUUCGGAGGAGUAUAGUCGUUCGCCCUGUGCUGCCGCGGGCAAGUGAUUGAGCCGUGCGUCGCAGGCUUUUAACCGCAUAGCUUUGCAAUACUUAUGGAAUACAGGAAGUGUGGUUUGUCAUCUGGAAAGACGUGUCCCUUCUUCUCGACAACGACUCUUCUGUUUCGUUUGUGGGGUUAUACAUUUUUUUUCCUUCUCUUCGUGGAACAUCAAUGUCAUUUACUUUCAUGCGCAGCAGCCAACGAUACGGUGCCCGGUCUUGUGCUCGGCCUGUCGUCGAUGUUGCAGUUUACGCCGUGAAACAGCACUGGAUUCGCGCGACUACCACAGGUACAGCCGCAUACUAGCGCUGUGGAGCGGGUUAUUUUUGCUCCGUGAUGAUGGUCGCGGAAGCUCGAUCCACUGAUUCACUUCCUACGUGUUUCGUAUGGUUAUUAUGAAAUCUACAUUGAUUCCAUAGCUUUAACUAUAACAUUAUACUUUCCGCAGCAUAUAAUGUCGAGGAACACACACGGAAUCAUUGCACCACGAGUAACGAUGUGUUUUCGAAACGCGAAAUUUCAGUUGUUUGUUGCACACACGCACCGUCAAGCUAAAUAUUGGUUUCGUAGCUAACGUUAGCUAUAUUUAGCUGCGUAUUGUUGUGAAGGGUAGUUAUACGUGGUGAAAAACCUUAUCGGUGUCGGAAUCUGCCUUUUUCAUUUUCCUGUGCUUUCUGCCGUUUCGGUAGGGGCCGGGACAACCGGUAUCGCCAGAACGAAAGCCUCCGAGAUCAAGAGGCGUUUCGCGACUUUUCCGCUGGGGGAAGGGCGCAUGCGCCGUGGCAUCGUGAAAAGGGCAGGUUGUGACACUCAAUUGGCUCCUUCGCUGUAUCGCAUCUUAGUCACGGUGAACGGCAAGUCAUUGGUGUGCACUAACCAGUGGUUAGUUUCAGGUUUCAUUCAUACAUUUAAAGCAUGUUCUUUCAUGCAUGCAAGUUUCAUGAAAUUUGCAUAUUUAGACUGAUACUUCGUUCUGAAAGAGAUGACUGUGUUCCGUGACUGCACAACGAUAGAAAUAAAAGCUGAGCUCAAAGUGCUAACAUAACAAAAAAAAACUGUACGACUGUACCACUUUCGAAAAACGACGCAUAAUAAAAAGACGCAAAGCGAAAAUAAUUCAAGCACCAACACCGUCGAUAGCUCUGCGCGCGAAACAGUGACUAGAACUCAGUACUGUUAACAUGCAGUUAACACGGCCAUAGGCGAAUACUUAAAAGAGUUCCCGGUCAUCUGUGUUCAUACUUACAUGAGAAAAUUUUAUAUGUUUGGCUACUGAUUCGUUAAAGCUUACUAUUAUAAGUUUAGAUGAUCUGUCGACUUUGCGUGCACCAAUUUGUUUUUUAUUGAAUAUUUUUCUGUAACAUCUGUAUGCUGUCGUGCUCAAAAGUCAUUAACAGUUCGAUAAAUUCUUGGUUCUGGUGUUGACUGCACGCUUUCGAAAAGAUUGCUAGUUAAAGCUGACUGUUAAAAGUUUAGAUGGUCUGCUGACUUCGCGUAGACCAAUUGGUUUUCUUGUCGACCUUUUCUUUGUAACGUCUGUAUGCUGUCGCACUCAAAAAUCGUUAACAAUUAAAUAAAACAUUGGUUCUAGU